GACUGCAUGAGCGGAGCGUGUACUUUUCGUAUUUCUUAUCAAAAAAUAAUUUUUACAUAGAAAUUCAGCCUGGAAAACCCAUAAACUUUUAACAUGAGUAGAGAGAUAGAUGUGAAGGCGUUGGUCUCCCAUUUGGUGCGUGGAGACGGUGCAAACAAAUGUCGAAUAUGUAUGGGCGAUACGUCGGAAGGCCAAGUUUUCCUAGAAGAUACCGUGAUGAUGGAUGGGGAGAGAUCAGUCACCCUUGCUGAUCUCCUGGAGUUGAUCACAGGCAUCGAGGUACCAGAGGCAGCGUACCUGCCUCAAGGCCUUUGCUCAGUAUGCACUGGAUCAGCGGUAGCCGCUGUUAACUUCUCCGCACUCUGCAAGAAGGCAGGCGACCAAUGGAACUCGAUGUUGCAACUGCUAAGCAACCUCCCAACUCCAGAAACGGUGUCCGAUAGAAGCACAAAGCUCUAUGCCUUCAUAGAAGGUAACGAGAUGACGAUUACAACAAAUAUAGACUUGGAAGAAAACAGUACGGAAGAGGACGUUCAAAAUGGUCUUGUCAAGGAGAAAUCUCGCAGUGUAACACCGGUUCUUGUUAAAGAAAAAACCCGCAAACGGUACAAGAAAUUGAAAUGCUUCUGUCCGAUGUGUCAAAAAGAGUUCCGUUAUGCUGAGCACUUGUCACAACACUUGAAAUACUCGUCGGACUACAAGAGAGCGUGUCAUAUUUGCGCUAAAAUAAUGCCUAGGAACGAUAUGGUGGAACAUUUACACGUUUAUCAUAAAACAAAACUGUCUGCGUGUAAAAAAUGUCCAGCACUAUUUUUGUCUAAAAUAAAAUAUUUAAGACAUAUCGAAGCAGAUCAUGCUAAAGGGGCCUGCACAUGUGGGGACUGUGGUCGCAGUUUCCAAACGAAUCAUGCGUACGUUGCUCACCACAACAUGCAUCUUUUGAAAACAUGUCCAGGCUGCGACAAGGUGUACCGUAACCAGCCAUGCUACAUCCACCAUGUUCGAACAUGUUGCAAUUUGGACAAGAACCGCCAAGAUACGAUCAGAACUAAAAACAAAGUGACUAUUGAAGUUGACUUGGCGCCUUCGCUGCCUUCGAUGGCCUGCAACGCCUGUGUCGCGUCCGCAAAGCUGGCCGUGCCUUUCAUCCAGCUCUGCAGCGCUUCCCAGCAAAAAUGGGAUCAGGUCACUGAAUAUUUGUACGAAAUGGACGUGUCUGACGUGAAAGAGAGAGCAGAGUACCGAUUCAAAGACGCUCUGAGACAUCAUAUCCGGUACAGCCACAUAGUAGGCUGGCAGCACCAGUGCGAUCAGUGUGGCAAAACAUUCUGUAACGCCGCUCACUUAAGGGAACACGACAACACUCACAACAGGGUCGAAGAUAGAUACGUCUGCAGCAUUUGCGACGCGAAAUACAGCACCCGAAGAGGAUACGAGAGACAUUACAAAAAACAUUUCGAUGAAAACGGCGAACUGAGGGAAUACACCCCUCUGCGUAAACCUAGGAAGCGUAAAAUGUACGGUUGCAUCGUGGCGGAUGACAAGGAAUUGCCGCCGGGACUGUGUCGCGAUUGCUCGGAAAGCGCGCUCGCCGCGAUCACCUUCCGGCAAGCCUGCAUGGAAUCCCACAACCAGUGGUCCCACGCCGCCGACUUCCUCACAAAUAUCCAAGACCCGACGGAGAACGAUAAAGUGUACUACAUAUUCUACGGUGCGCAGGAUAAGACUAUUAUCGGCGACCAGACGGAGUCCGCCGCGAGUACAGAGAAAGCGCUCUGCCGACUGAACUCCCAUUUUCAGGAUCCAAUCGAAAUGGUAGAAGAGCAGUAUGUGCCGGUCGGAAUAUGCGCCACAUGCGCCGCGGCCGCACUGGCCGUCCAAGAGUUCCGAAUGUUGACGCAAAGCUCGCUCAAACUCUGGUCAAAAGCAGUUGAAGCUCUCAACGAGAUCCCCCAAUCCUCUGCCCCUUCCGUGAAGUCUCUGUGCGCCUUUAUCAAGUCUGAUUCUCUAGCUGUACACACAGUCAAAGAUUACACCGGUGGAGACACGAAAACUAUGCUGAAUCGGCUCAAGAAUAGAUUGACGAAGAAAAAACAUAAUCCUGACAAGAAACCACGCAGUCACCGAUCUGGGCCGGCUUGCACGUGCCCAGACUGUGGAAAAUCUUUCUACAGUCCGUAUUAUUUGUGCCUGCACUUCAGCAACAGCGGGCAGAAGGAAGCGUGCGCAACUUGCGGCGCCGUCGUCAUCAGAGGUCGAGAAAUGAAAGAACAUCUAUCCAAAGUGCAUGGAGAAAGCGUUAUCUCGUGCAAGCAGUGUCCGUUGCUGUUCACAAACGAGCUGCGGUUAGAGAAACACGUUAAAAAAGCGCACAAACUAGGUUCGUUGACUUGUGCGGAUUGCGGACGAACGUUUCCGAGACAAUCGUCGUUUGACACGCAUUCUCAGAUGCACGCGGUCAGGACUUGCCGGACUUGUGGCAAACAGUUCGCGAAUCGCAGCUGCUACAGAGAGCACAGGUCGAAAUGCGAACCGGACGCGAGGCCUGACACGCAAUCGUUGCCGAGAAAUAAACGAUCGAAUAUACGCGAUCCGGCGACAUAUACUUGUGAUUACUGUGGAAAAACGUACACGUCUCGGCCCCAGCUCAAGAAUCAUAUAAUCUGGAUACACAUGGAUGUGAGGCCUCAUCAGUGCCAGUGGUGCGGAAAGAGGUUUUAUACGCCCGCGCGUUUAGCCGAACAUACAGUGGUGCAUACUAGGGUUAGGAACUUUGAAUGUGACAUUUGCGGUGCUAAGUUAGUGUCUCGAAUGGCUGCGGUAUACCACAAACGGAGACAUACCGGAGAAAAACCUUACAAUUGUGAGGAGUGCGGAGAGAACUUCAUAUCAGCGUCAAGAAGAUCGGAGCACGCUAAGAGACGCCACGGGAAGGGGCAGUUCGUGAAAUGCAUGCAUUGUUCAGCCACUUUUGUCAGAGGAUACGACUUGAAGAAACACAUAGAGAAGUCGCAUCGAAUUAAAAUUGACUCGGGAAUACAAAAAAUAACGAUUGAAGUCCCGUCUAUGGAUGUAAAGGAUAUGCCCGAUUUGGAAAACCCGUUGCGGAAGAGCUAUAAAAUGCGUUAUUCUCCUGAUACCCUCUCUUGAUUCUAUGUAGUUGGUAUUUUUAUGAAAUGGACCAUCAUGGCAGCAGCGUAGGCCUUAGGACCGGCUUCCAUCGAAGCGGAGCGGAGAGGUGAUGCGGAAAUAACUAAAUCCGAUUGGUUUUUUAAACAUUUCACCGCUUUGGUGGUAAUCGGGCUUUAGUAUUCUUUCAAAUGAAUUGUAAGUUCCUCUACGGAAUAAAAUUGUGGUUUCUGGAAGCACACCAUUGCCUUUGAGUCAAAAAUAGUUUGUUAGUAAAUUAGUAUAGUAAAAACAGAAAAUAGGGGGGUAUUCCCAUCUUCCCCGGACUGGCUUUCCAAAUGAGGAAAGUUGGUAUUUUUCGUGUUUUCUUCCCCCAGAUAGUGAUUCGGGAAAAUAAUUAUGGGAAGAUCAAGUUGCAUUUUCUCCCGAAAUAUUUUUAACCAAUAGUCAACACUUCUUCUUUCUUCUAUAUGUAUUUCUUCUUCUUUUAUUAAGCAUUGAUUACUUUGUGAUGUAUAGAUCGUGCCAUUCCCGAAGACGCGCCCCACCAAUGUUUGGUCUCGGUCGCGCGGGGUGCGGGGUUUGAUCCGAGCAAUCCGAAUUCCGAGCGUCAAUAUUGUAGUGUGCGUGUGCACUCAUGGAUGAUUUAGCGUGGACCGAUAACACACAAACAUUAGCGGAAGAAUGGUGCGGCGCCUCUUCGUGGAUGGCACGAUCUAAUACUUUUGUGAUUUACAGACGACGGCACAAUAAUGUAAAUACUGACGUAAUAUAGUUGUAAUAGGGGUGAUAUUGCAGCAGAAAUGUGUUGUCGACUGUAAGAGACUGAAGCACACAGUGCAGUCAAGUCUAAAAUAGCUCAAUGUUAAUUCUAGAUUGAUGUCUAUGACGUAUUUUAAUGUUAUAAUCAAAUGAACAUGUUAAUAUUACGGAUGAUGUAAUAGAUGUUAGAGCUUAAUUUUAAGUUAUUUUUAAUAAAAUGAAGUUUCAAUA